GUGUCCUCAUUGGCUGUGAACCAGCUGGAGGCGGAGUCAGAGUGACAGGGCCGUGUAGUGGGUGGGACUUCCUCUGAGCAGAGGACAAGAUGCUGCUGACUUCCUGCUCCACCCCCUGCAGCUACACCUGGCUCUGGUGUCUCCUGAUGAUCCUGACAGCUCCUCCAGCAGCUCUCGGGGGUGAUAAGACGGAGCCCUGCGCUGGUCGGGACUGCUCCACCUGUCAGUGUUUCCCAGCCAAAGGAGCAAAGGGUCCUCCAGGUCCUCUGGGGCAGCAGGGCCCUCCGGGGCCCCCAGGCUUUCCAGGCCCCCAGGGGCCUCCAGGAGAGAAGGGCCAGAGAGGAGACGAGGGGCCAACAGGAGCUGCAGGACCCAAAGGAGAGUCGGGACUUGUCGGUGUUCCUGGUUUUCCAGGUUUAGAAGGACUCCCGGGUCACCCUGGUCCUGCUGGAGGUCCUGGUUUUCCAGGUCUGGACGGAUGUAAUGGAACCAGAGGGGAGAGAGGGCGUCCUGGACUUCCUGGAGAAUUAGGACCUGAUGGAGAACCGGGUUUUCCAGGACUGAAGGGAUUUCCAGGAGAUCCAGCGGUCUACUUCAUACAGUACCCUGGAAUACCUGGAGACAUCGGGUCCAGAGGACUUCCUGGUCUGCAGGGUGAACAUGGUCUCCCUGGUCCGAAUGGACUUCAGGGUCAAGCAGGACUGGAUGGAACCAACGGUAUCCCUGGUCUGCCUGGUUCCAGGGGUCCACCUGGAGAAAAAGGUCGAUCUCUGCCCGGACAGAAAGGAGACGAGGGGGAUCAGGGCCCCCAGGGGCCUCCGGGGCCGUUUGAAUAUGUCGACCCUCCAGAAGACCUGUACAUCAAAGGAGAGCAGGGUCCUAAAGGUGCUAAAGGUGCCUGUGGAAGUCAGGGACUGCCGGGUUUGGACGCUCUCCCAGGCAUCAAAGGAGAGAAGGGGAUUGUGGGAUUUCCUGGACCCAGGGGAUUAUCUGGUAACACUGGGCUUCUCGGAGAGAAAGGCUUCAAGGGGAUUAAAGGAAGUCCAGGUCUCCCAGGUCUGAUUGGACGAGAGGGCGCUAAGGGCAUGAUGGGAGACCCAGGUCUUAAAGGCCUCCCUCAGGACGCAUACAUCACACACACAGGUGACGUUGGAGACCCCGGAGCCUCCGGACUGAGUGGCCCUCCCGGAGACAUGGGGCUGAUGGGAAAGCACGGCCCCCUAGGGGCCCCCGGCAGAUCCAUACCGGGACCGGCAGGUGUUGUGGGUCAGAGGGGAGUUCCAGGAUCCAAAGGGGACAGAGGUGAUCCAGGUCCAAAGUUUAAUGACAGACUCACACCUGGAGAACCUGGAAAACCAGGAUGCCCCGGACCCAGAGGACAGAAAGGAAAACCGGGGACUCCAGGUAGUUACUGUCUUCCCGGGACCCCAGGAGAGUCUGGAGAGCUAGGUGAACAGGGGCCCCUGGGGGCCCAGGGCUUCCCAGGGUUUAAAGGUAGCCAUGGCGACUGUUCUUGUGGCCCCCCAGUUGUUCUGAGGGGUUCCCCCGGCCCUCUGGGUGACCUGGGAUCUCCGGGGUUACCAGGGGUCCCAGGGGCCCCGGGGCUGAGAGGAGAGAAAGGUUUACCUGGAGACACAGGAGAGCGCGGACAACAGGGUCUUGGUGGAUUUCCAGGUGUUAAAGGGUUCAAAGGUCAGAAGGGAGAUUUCUUUGUGGUGGAUAUUAAAGGUGACAAAGGAAACAAGGGCCAGCAGGGCCCUGCAGGCAGACAAGGAUUCUCCGGGAGAAGAGGACUCGAUGGGCCCCCAGGGGCCCCUGGACACCCCGGCCCUCAGGGUGAAAGUUUCCCCAGUUCUCCUGGAGAAAGAGGCCAACGUGGACUCUCAGGACCAAAGGGAUUAGCAGGACCUUCAGGAGCCCCAGGACCAAGUGUAGUUGGAGCAGUAGGAAAGCGUGGGGCCCCUGGGGACCCGGGACCUCCAGGACUCCCUGGCCCCCCAGGGCCAAAGGGGGUUAGAGGUGAUACUCUGCCCUGUGUACCCAGAAACCCCGGCGCACCUGGACAGAAGGGAGACACUGGAAAUACAGGUUACACAGGACUCCCGGGUCCUCCAGGUUUUCGUGGCAUCACUGGACCUGAUGGACCUAAAGGACACAAAGGACAGUCUGGACUUCCUGGACCGCCUGGACGACAAGGACCUACAGGUUUUGUUGGAGAUACCGGAGAAGAAGGACCCGAAGGCUUCAGUUAUAGUGGAGAACCAGGCUCUCCGGGACUCCCAGGCUCCUCUGGACUCAGGGGCCUAGCAGGAGACUCUGAUGUCGGGCCCUCAGGACCCAUCGGCUUUCCAGGGCCACCAGGCUCUCAGGGACCUAAAGGAGUGCCUGGCUCCCCCGGGAACAACGGACAACAAGGAGUCCCGGGUCUGCCUGGGGGCCCUGGAGCGAAGGGCCAGAGAGGACAUUGUGGGGCCCCAGGUAUAACUGGCCCCCAGGGGCCCACAGCUGACCUCUGUGAUGCAGGACAACCUGGUUCCAGGGGCCUUUUUGGCCCUCAGGGACCCAUUGGACCCCCAGGUUUUUUGGGGGAGAAAGGUGAGGUCGGGCUGGAGGGUCCUCCAGGUUUUGGCCUAAAAGGCCCUGUAGGUAAAACAGGCUCUCCAGGUUUCCCGGGGUACCAGGGGCCCCAGGGCCCCUCUGGCCCCAGUGGAGACUCAGGACUGCUGGGGUCCGACGGUCAGAAAGGUCUAAAGGGGCUCCAAGGCCAGAACGGAGCUCCAGGGGCCCCCGGACAUACUGGGGCCCCAGGAGCUCCGGGGAGGAGGGGGGAGAGAGGGUUAAACGGACAAGACGGUACUCCAGGAUGUGUGGGCCCAAAAGGAAAUAAAGGCUGUAAAGGGGUCCCGGGGCCUCCAGGAGACACCAUGUGUGUCCCCAUCAAAGGAGUGAAAGGAAAACAAGGACCCUCUGGCAAGAACGGCUUUCCUGGACCACGAGGAAGUAAAGGUGUCAAAGGAGCUAUUGGUAAGCCAGGGUAUCCAGGUAUCAACGGACCCCCUGGCAUUGUAGGUCUCCCAGGCCCCCCCGGGCCCUAUGGCAAACCAGGACUUCCAGGUCCACCUGGAUAUCCAGGACCUCCAGGAUUCAUCGGCUUUCCCGGAGAGACCGGAGAUCCAGGGGACCCAGGAUGUCCAGGGCAACCUGGAAAACCCGGUCCCCAAGGAUGUGGUGGACCCAAAGGUGAUAAAGGAGACUCUGUCGGUUGUUCUGGUCCACCUGGAGACAAGGGGCCUCCUGGAGACUUCGGGCCCUCAGGAACUCCUGGAUCUCAGGGAGAUCCUGGAGAACCCGGUUUUAUCGGGGCUCCCGGACAGAAAGGAUGCAAAGGAGAUCCAGGCCAUCGGGGGGACCUAGGUGAACCAGGUGUGACUGGUCCCUCAGGUCCCAGUGGUUGUUCGGGUCAACCAGGUGUUCCUGGUAAAGCGGGUGCUGAUGGUCCUCCGGGACCGCAGGGCUGCCCGGGACUCCAAGGUCCUCCUGGACCGCUGGGACUUCACGGACUGGAUGGACUGAAAGGAGUGAAGGGGGACAUGGGGACCAGAGGUCUGGGUAAGGAGGGUCCUCUAGGUUGUAAAGGUCUUCCAGGAGAUAAGGGUCCUCCAGGUCCUCCGGGACCCAAAGGCCCAUCCCAGCCUGGCCCACCAGGAACCAAAGGCUUCCAAGGACCCAAAGGACCUACAGGUGGUUGUGGACCUCCAGGUAAACCUGGACCAGACUGUAAAGGUCCAGUCCCAGGGCCUCGUGGAGAUAGUGGUUGUCCUGGACCAGACGGAGAGCCAGGGUGUCCCGGUGACAUGGGGGAUCCAGGUCAGAACCCUCCAAUACCUGGAGAUGAUGGGGACAACGGAGACACAGGGUGUCAGGGGCCAGAGGGCCCAAAGGGACCUCAGGGGCCUAAAGGACUUCCAGGCAUCGCCGGAAAUCCAGGAGUGAAAGGUGCGCAGGGGUCUCCAGGUCUGAUUGGAAUACCUGGUAAUCGGGGUCCUAAAGGUUGUACCGGUCCCAAUGGGCUUCCAGGAUCAAAGGGAUCUGCUGGACAGAUGGGUCCAAAGGGGGAGAAUGGACGAGUCUUCCCCUGCCCCACUUACCCUAACCCCGUACAGGCCCCCGCAGGAGCCCCUGGCCCCCCCGGUCAGACUGGCGAUCCCGGCCUCCAGGGAGAAAUUGGCCUACAGGGGAACAAAGGCAGUAAGGGGGAUAUCGGGUCUGAGGGACACAUAGGCUGUGCUGGGCCCCCAGGUCCAGAUGGAGACCGAGGAGAGAAAGGCCUGCAAGGGGUGUGUGGAGUAUUGGGAGACAAAGGUGAUCCUGGUCCAGUCGGUGACUCUGGUCCCCCCGGACCACGUAAAACCUUAAACUCUGGCUUCCUGUUGGUGAUGCACAGCCAAUCAAAGACGAUUCCCAACUGUCCACAAAACAUGAAUCUCCUGUGGGUUGGAUACAGUCUGCUGUACCUGGAGGGUCAAGAGAAGGCUCACACUCAGGACCUGGGUCAGGCGGGGUCGUGUAUGCGGGUCUUUUCCACCAUGCCGUUCUCCUCCUGUAACAUGGGAAAAUGCUCUCAUGCGAAUCGUAACGAUAAAUCCUAUUGGCUGUCGACGACGGCAGCUGUCCCCAGUAUACCAGUGGACGGAGCCUCCAUCGAAGAUCACAUAAGCCGCUGUGUGGUGUGUGAAGCCCCCUCCUCACCUGUCGCACUGCACAGCCAGACCUCCAUCAAGCCAGACUGCCCCCCCAGAUGGAAGAGCCUGUGGACCGGAUACUCCUUCCUCAUGCAUACAGGUGCAGGUGAUGAGGGCGGCGGCCAGUCUCUGACAUCAUCAGGUAGCUGUCUGGUGAACUUCAGGGCCCAGCCCUUCGUGGAGUGUCAGGGGCCUCGAGGAACCUGCCACUACUUCGCCAACAUGUACAGUUUCUGGCUGACCACCCCGCUGGAGACAACCACCUCCACGCUGACCGAGGACUCGCAGCAGAGGAAGAACAUCGGGAGGUGCAACGUCUGCAUGAAGGAGUGAGGAGAUGCUUCACCUCCUCCUCCUGCAGAGUCUGAGAGGACAGACAGGACGAGACUCGUUUGUUUGUCUCUAUGAGUAGAGACUGUCAUGUUAAAGAUAACGCUGCCAAUCAAUCAAUCAGUCCUGUUCAGAUCAAGAGGAGUGACUCAAACUGGUUUAUUUUGUCUACUGUAUUUCGGCAGACAGAUGUUUGAACUGGGAUUGUCUGAUGUUAGUUUUUAAUUUUAGGUUUCACAACAGAGUCAUGAUGUUUGAGCUCCAUCUGGAUGUCAAAGAUUCAUCAAUAAAUCGGCCCUCAGAUAAAAACUCACCAGUUGUAGGAAUUCCGGGCUUGAAUUAACUUUUGGAAUCAGCAGGUAAAACUUAGAUUUUAAUAUUAACAUAAUUUCCACUGGAAAAAACUGUUUUCUUACGCCCCAUUCAGACUGGAUUUAUGUCUCUAGGGGAGGUGUGGUGAUUUUUCACCUGUGCUGGUCAGUGAUUUUAAUCCCGUCCGGAGCUCUGCAACAACGACCUCCUGUGUUUUUAUGAACUGGCUGGUCCUCCUGUAAUUUAAAUCCCGUCCAGAGCGACGUCCUUGUAUUCUAAAGUGGAUCUCUGAGUUUUGUUUUUUAUCAACUCAGUGUGAAAUUUGACUUAUGUAUGAAAAUGGAGGAAUCAUCAUUUUUGUUAAUCUGAUAGAUGAACAUAUAAGCCUAUUUGGGCACCAAUAUGACAAUAGAAAAAAUUCAAGCCUUUAGGAGAGCAAGACCCCUGUAAAAGCUUAUCACAUGUGCUGGGGUUUUUUUUGCCUUUUUUUAGCCUAUGUUUCCAUUUAGUCAAAUUGUCCCCAUUAAAGCAGCCGAAGCAGCAGUCAGCAGCUCCUGUCUGCAGUGGACCCGUGGACGGACAGACAGCUGUCUCUGGAUCACUGUGAGACUGAAGGAAACUUAGAAACAGCAGGAUUCUCAGGCAGGUUCUGCAGCAUCUUUUUUCUCUGGUGUCUAAGUGGAUUUCUGGAGGUUUAUUCUGGACGGACAUCAGAGAUAAUGAUCUCCUCUGGAAGUGAGAGUCACACUGAAUGAUUCAAUAUGUUUUUCAUGUCUGUGUGUUCAGAUCUGACUGAGUUAUGACUCUGAGAAGGAUUUUUGGCUCAAAUUCACCUCACUGAGUAUCUUUGCCUCCCCUUCAGCUCUCCGGCGCCCCCCUGGGGAGGCUUUUGGGUUUCUCUUUUGUCUUUGUCCUGCUGAAUGUCCAUGUCUGUUACAGACCAGAUCCUCUAUUUUCCUGAUGGUUAAUAUGACGUCCGGAACUAUGAGUUAAAUUACUGAGAAGCACAGUGAAUUUUUUGUUCCCCACCUCCCCCUGUAAUGUUAAUCCCGUCUGAAUGGGGCUUUAGAAUAAAUCAAGAGUUACUGAUCCACUUUUUAUUUAAAAAAAGUUUCAGUGAGUUUAUCGGCAUUUCUUAGACAGAUGCAGUGAAAUAUUUUUUUGAAUCAGAGUGAACAUUACCACCCAGCAGACGGUGGACUACAGUCCAGUAUAGUUCAGUAAACACUUUGGUUAAACAUUCUGAUGGAAACAAUACUGCCAACAAUUUCUAAAAACCGUCAUGACUGUGAUUAUCACCAUUUUCACCAUGAACACAGCACAGCGCUUCUGUCUUCAUUAGCUUCAUUAGCUGACUUGCUAUGCUAACAUUAGCUAGUCGAUCGAGGCUAGUUUAUGGGUGUUAAACUUUUAGCUCAAGUUCUCUUGACGUACUCACACUGACGUGUCUUUGCCUCAAAUCACAUCGCACUGGGCAAAUUCACGUCUACUCGCGUCUUUCCAAUUGACUUCAUAUGCAAUCGCACCACCUAUAAAAUUCACUAAAAUUCUCUCCAAACCACACAGUUAUAGACAGGUGUGUCAGAUCAUAAAUUGAAUUUCAUCAGGUCUUAGGAUGCAGGUAAAUAAAGUGAUUGACAGCAUGCAGGAUUGUUUUGGUUCCUUCACAACUACUAACAGCCAAAAGAAAUCAUGAAUGAAAACAUGAAUGGGCUCAUGGAAUGUAAACGAGCCGCAUUCAAACUUUACUUUCAGUCAACUGUAUUAACACAACAUAAACAAAAGCAGGUUGGUUGUUAAAAGUUCAGGUGUAUGUGAUGUACAACUACUUUAUGAGGUGAUAACAUGUCAGAUGUCCAGUUUACAGACUGUUCUGCUGAAAACAAGUGAAUACAAAUAUUUAAAAACAAUCAAUCAAUUCAGUCUUUUUAUUCGGCCAGCUGUAAUCAAACUUUAACCAUUGAGGUGUCAGAUCAGAAAACGCUCUUUUUUCGCACACUUUUUAAGUCAUUUGGGUUGUUUUUGGCACUGACAACUUGUUUUUCAUUUUCAGUAGGUGCACCUGUGUGUGUGAGAGUAUUAACACAAGACAGGUCUGAUGGUUUAUGGGGAAAUAAAUUGGCAUGUUAUAUAUUAGCAUGUAAACUAAAAAUAUAAAGGACCAAUAAUAGAACCCUGAGGAAUCCCAUAAGUAAUUACUGACUGCUGGUUUGAUCACAUUUUAGACACUACUGCUGUAUGUGAUAACUCAACACACUGUCGUGGAGUUGUUUUUAAUAAUCCAGUUAAAUGAUUAUCAUGUUUCCAAUUAUUCUUGUGAAAAUGAGACUAUCCUGGUGAAAUGUGGUGCACCACUAGGAGGCGCUAAAGUCAGAAAUAUGAAAAUCCUACACAUCAGAGCAAGUCUCCAGCAGAGUCACGGAAACAAGUGAGAUGUAAAACAAAAACUACAGGCUGAGCUGUUUUGGAUAAAGCAGGUCUGAGGCCACUUAUUGAUUUAUGAUAAUGCUGAUCAUUUAGCCGGUGCGAUGUCAAGAGCUGUUCAGGAGCUGAUAUUCAAUUUUAGUGAUCACCCUUCGUUUGUAUUUGAUCUUAACUCUUCAAAGAACCCAAAUAAAAUCAAGCUGUGCGUCAGUGUUUUGGCCGCGGCAGGAGUAUUUUAACAGCGACCUGUUAAACACACAACUGUGACAAAAAUAUACAUGUUUAUUGAUAAUUUUGUCCAAACUAAUGAAUGUGUGUGCUGUUGAUUCGCUCAGUAAAUCAGACUGGUUUUAUCUGGAUGACAUUUGUUUCAUUUUAUUACAACUCGCAGCUCACAUGUCAUCAGUCAGCUGAUUGCAAAGAAUUAAAUCGAUGCUGCAAGGUUUUGACUCCACAUGUUAGAGAGAGAGCUGAUGUCACAUCCUGUGAUGCAGCAGCUGAUUGGUUGGUGGCGUUGACAUGACGUUCUCCCCUCAGCAGAGAGAACAACAACAAACACCUGAGUGAACUUUAACCCCGCCUCCAGACCCGCCCACAGCUCAAACAGAACUGCACUGAAUAUGCAUUCUGAUUGGUCAACUGAAAAUGCAUUCUGAUUGGUCAGCUGAGAGGCAGUGACUGCGUGUCAUUGGUCAGUCAGUAUUUUGUUAAUAAGUAGGGGAAGAAUCGUGUGAGAAGCUGUGAAUAUAUUUGACAUUAAACCUUGAAACAUGUUUUUGUUCCAGUUUUCUUUCAGAUCCGACGUGUUCGGGCUCCUCCCUCAGCUCAACUCCUUCUUUAUUCAUGUUUUUGAGUUUCAGUGUAAAAACAAAGAGAGCAGCAGUCAGAUUUUAACACAGAAAUGAUUCAACUCAAAGUUCCUUUAACACCUUAGUAGUGACAAUCUGUCCUGUUACUCUGAGUCGAACAUGAGCUGCAGCACAGAACCAGAACCAGGACAGUUUCAGAACCAGAAGCUGAUGUUGUGUUUUUUUAAUUAGUCGUCUUCUUGUUGUUAUAAAUAAAGAUCACUUGAAUAUUUAUCUGUUUAAUAAAAAAAGUCUGUAGUCGUUGUCACAAAACAAAUGUUUUAAUAUUUAAAAAGUAAACAGGAUGAACUGCUGAAAACUGUAGUUUAAUUUAGAAAUCAAGUGACUUCCUGUUACUCUUUUUUUGAUUUAGUUAAAAUAUUUUGUGAAAUCUGUAGUGGAGGUUUUGUGUUUUUUGUCUUUCAGCUUUCAUUUCUGGUCCUGUUUAGGUUUCUGGUUCUGGUCCUGGUUCUGGCUCUGGUUCUGGUUCUGUAUUAUCUUUCUGUGAUUUGUAAAUAUGUUUGAACUCAACCGUUUUAUAUUUUUACUGUAAAUGUGAUCAGAGUAUUUAUUUAGCCUGAAAUUCAUGUUGAUUUGAUGUUUCAUUUGUUCAUUCUUAUUUUAUUUUGGUAAGUGACGACACAGUGAAAACCCGCCCCUUUCCUCCCUCCUACAAAAUAAAAUUCACAACACAUUAACGUGUUAAUGACUUGAAAAUGUAUCAGGAUGUAAUUUAAAUUUAAAACAAUCAGAAAAAAGGAUCAUCAUGUCAGAGUUUCAGCAGUUUGUUUCUUCUUCGGUGGAAAUUGGUAAAACCUCUGAGGAUCAUUAAGCCCCGCCCCCUCGAGCACACACUGUGUGAUGUCAUAAACGGUGAUGUCAUAGUUCAUUUUAUCCGAUUUCAUUCAAACAUGAAACACGUUUCUGAUGGUUUCUGUUCACACUUUUUUAGAUGAAUGAGUUUCUGAAACUAUUUCAAUAUAAAACAAACACAUGAUUUAACUACAGCUCCCAUGAUGCUUUGAGAGGAGGCCUGUGUGUAAUACUGACGACCAAACACUCAUUAAUCUGAAACUCCAGGUUCUGACAGAAUAAAACUACCUGAGGAGGAGGAGGAGCGGGAGCGGUCACUGUGUCGUCAUUGUGUUUUCAUUGUAUUUAAAUCUGUCGGUGAUAUUUUAAUCUCUGUAGGAGGAAACUUCUCACUAACACUUUACUCUCUGUGGACGGACGACUCUUCAAUAAAUCGCAUCAAAGUUUCA